UGUCCCUGUGGGCUCUCCCCGCCUCCCCGGUCCCCCACUGUGCCCCCCACAGUGCGAGGAGGUGCAGGCGACCGUGCAGAAACACAUGCACAGCCCGAGGCACAGCAAGGAGGAGCUCAACAGGCUUAACCAGGCCAUCCAGCGGCUGACUGCGGAGGUGGACGGCGUUAAGAGUCAGCCCUGUGAACUGGACAGAGCCACAGAACCACCAGCUCUGCGGGAGGAGGGAGCCUCAGACAGUGCCCAGGGCAAGCUGGCCUGGCUGGAGGCCGCCCUGCAGCGAGCCAAGCACGACAUGGCCUGCCAGCUGCGCGAGUACCAGGACCUCAUGAUCAUCAAGCUGGGCCUGGACUUUGAGAUCGCCACCUACCGCAAGCUGCUGGAGAGCGAGGAGAGCAGGCUGGGUCUGGGACUCGGGACAGGGAGCCUCGCCGCUCUGGGCUCAGCCCCCCGCAGCCCGGCCCGCCUGCUGCCCCCCGGAGGAGCGGGCCCCGGCGGCCUGGAGAGGAGCACCCCUGGCGGUGGCUGCGGAUGCUGAACCUUCCUGCGCAGCUCCCCAGAAGUCCAGGACCCUAAACUCCUGCCCCAAAGCUGAACCCUGUGCCCCAGAUACCCCUCCCGUGGCGCUGAUCCUCACCUUGUCUUUCCCCCUUGCACCCCCCACCCCUGCCCCACCCUGGAACGUCAAGUCUUGGAAUCGAGCUUACCAGGGACCGUGACUGCCCUGUCCCCUGGGGGAAGGUAGCUGGGCUACCUUGGGGGACGCUGUGCCACUGGGGAGGCCCUGUACCCUGCUCCUGUCACCUGCCCCCCGCUCCUCUUUCCCUGGGACUCCUCCUCCUUUGCAAUAAAAAGUUCUUCAGUGGCCGGAGCCCGGCGGGGCUGUGUGAGCUUGGAUUCCUCAAGCGGUGCCCGGAGCACAGGGAGGGCUGAUGGGGCUUGGGGCAAGGGGGACAAGGAGGGGACACUACCAGGAAUCAGCCCUUGCCCUGUGCUGUGUGGGUCCACCUGACUCCAGUUGGUGAUGAUGCUACAGAACGAGGAUCCCAAGGGUUUCGGUGUGGGGGUGGGUGACCGAGGGCCCCUGGGGAAGGUGAGAGGAGGGGUCCGUUCCUCCCCAGAUCUGCUUGUUCCCCAGCCUGGGGCCGGGCAGCCCCGUGUCUGGCAGAGCUGCUGAGCGCUGGCUUCAUUCACCCACACGCCGGCUCCACAGACAGUGCGAGGGGCAGGUGCAGGGCUGAGCGAGCAGGGCACUCUGGUUCUGGUGGGGAUGCGGCCAAAACGGGGAAAGCAGCCCCAAAGAGAGUGGAGUGGGGUGGGGAUGAGGGCGUAUUGUCCUCCGCUGCCCUGGCAGGGGCGCUUGAGGACAGGCUCCGGGGGAGAUGCUGCUCGCAGACCGGGGCUGGGGCGUGUGAACACAACUGGGUGGCCCAGGCCCCGGUUCUAGUGUAACAAGGUGACUAAUGGGGGGAUGAGAAUGACAUACCUUGGAG